AUGUCACAGCUUAAAUAUGUAUACGACGUGGGUGUUUCUUGCAUACCGGUACGCGUGGCAUCUCGCGGUAUCAGCUCCGAUAUGACCACGUCGCACCGCAUGCAGCGCGAUCUAGCACGCGCUCUACUAGAUCCUCAAUCAGGAGGCGUUACCACCUACAUACAAGAGUGCGUGCAUUCCACAAGUAUUGGAGUUGAUGCUACUCUCAUUUUCGUCCAGCAAGUGAUCGAGGAGCUGAACGACGCUAUUGAUGAGUAUCUACCGUUUCCACCCGAUAAUGAGCCUCUUUCCCACGACCAUGAAGUGGAAUUGGGUACCUUGCUCUCUGCAGCAUCACUUACUAUUCGCUAUGUGACUGAGAAGCAAGCAAUGUUACCAUUAUUGCAACAAUAUCGCAAAGCAUUCGACAAGGUAUUGCAGUAUCCAGUCUGGACGCACAAAUGUUUUUACGAACUAAAAGCAGUGGCAUUAAUGGGAACUACACGAGUGCUCGAAUCAUUUAGCAAUCAAGUAUCAAUAACCGACGUAUUAAAGCAGUUGCGGUGGCUCGAAACACUUUAUAAAGGCGAAAGUAUUGGGACAGAACAAUUGGCACAUCGAAUGAAUACACUAUUGCGUCCCUUGUGCGAAUUUGUAGCAGUUGCUUUGCAAACACACGUAGCAGCUCGUGACAUCAUAUGUGACGAUAUAUUGACAUUACUGCUGCAGCUUUUGACAAAGGUGGAUACUAGUGAAGUUGAACUGGUAGUAGCUGAUGUAGUCAAAGUAGAAUUGGCUGCAACAGCUGCGGUGCUUUUGGAAGCCAGGUACCCGUUCACAGUGCCCAAUGCAUUUGCAUUAUUGUCCUUACCGACGUUUGUUGAGGAAAUGGAAGCGGAAGAAGUGAAAUCAGCUAUUGACAAUGCCAUGUUCACGUCUACAAGUAAAAUUGCUCGUGUGGACGAUGACGAGGAAAAGCUGAUGGCAAGUAGAGCGUUCAACCUAGAGAAAGAAUGCUGCAAAGUGUUUUGUGGGUGGUUGGCAGUGGAUACACGACGGAUUGUUGCAGCUCAGGCACUGGCUGUGGUUUAUCGAGUCGUUGCAUGUGACUCUACCGUUGAUCUUGUCGUAAAUAGUGACACUACCCCCUUACAUGAAGUAACCAAUGCGUUGAAUGAUGCAGAGUUUACAGUACUCGGUGAUUUUGACUUUGUCAACUCUUUGCUUGAGACGAUCCGAGAUAUUUGUUUGUUUCAGCAUAAACUUUCUCCUAUCACGCUUGAAGAUACUUUUCAGGUCAUGAGUACGAUUAUGUCUCGACUUGAGUCUGCUCUUAAAUCGUUUCCGAAAACGAAUUCUGUCGAACGACGCAGUGCAAAAGCAGCAUGUUCUACGAUUCGUCAUACCCUCGUCGAAGCUUUUCUCGCCUGGCUUCACCACCCCGACGCAGCCAAUUUGCUUUUGUGUCAAAUCGAUUUCUUACACAAUGUCGCUGGCACGCUUGCUGAUCCACGAGUAUAUGGCGAUGUAUUGGUAAUUUUACGCGCGUCUUCCAUCCCGGAAGCACGAAUCGAGUACACGUCGGGCUGUCAGCUUGCUGUCGAAACACUUUGUGAGGCAAUUAACCAACUAGAUCGAUACUCUCAGUCUACAGUCAAUCGAAUUGUGUCAGGUCUUACACGCAUUGCAGCAGCGUGUCGCCAAGAUAUUCAUCUGAUGGCAAACAAACUUGUAUUGCCAUUAAUACCAUCGAUGCUGGAUGGGUCACAGUGGGGAAAGUUUCUGCGUCUUCGUACUGAAGCUGUCGCGACUGUUUUGAUCGGAUGCGUUCAAAGUGAUGAAUUUAUGGUUGAGAACCACCCGUGGAUUAGCGACUUUAUCAGUUUUUUGUUUAAUCCAGUUGUAUCGUCGGAGAAUGUGCAUUCUUUGAUGAUUCUCAAUGGAUUGGUCCGAACAGAUCAAAAGUUGCUUGAGCAUGUGGCAUCGUAUUGCAUAGCACAUCCACGUACAAUCUCUGAGACGCUGCAUGAACCGCUGGUUCGAUGGCCGCUAUACGAAGAGGAUGAAGAUCUCGUCGUUGCUACACUCGAAUUGCUUGAAGUGCUGCUCAGCGUUAAAACUCUUCGUGCGUCAGUUGAUGUGGAUAACAUCUAUGCUGUUGUCGUACAACUACUUGACAAUGCGGCACGGGAAAAGCUAGACGCAACUGCUAAUGCUUGCAGACAAGUGAUGAAGUCAUUUGGAUCCAAGCAGGAUCAUGAAAGAGAAGUUCGGUAA